GAAUAAUCAUAAUAGGAAGGUGGUUAGCUAAAAGCAAGUUUUGCUAAGUUACCAUUCAGAGAACGAAAAUAACUGAACUUAAUACUCAUUUUAAUACACAAAACAACACAACAAGCAGCUACCACUCCCCAUCUUUUUUUGAGUAUGUACCACUUUUUUAUUUUCUCAACUAGUACCAAGGAGUGAAUCUCAGGAAGAUAAGUGUGCUAGAUAUGGCCUAUAUCCACCGUUCCGGGGGCACAUGUGCUUUGGACCGUUCUUGAUCCAUCUGGAGUUAUAAGGGCUAUUUUUCGAAUGAUAUCGUUCCAAUGGGUUCCCCCCUGGCAAAUAUAACCACAACUUGGGUAAGCUUAUUUUUCGUAUGGUAUAAAACUGCACUCCUUCCGUUUGCGAAAUAUUCAAGAGGUGUAAACAUAAAACGGAAGCCAAGAUGCGAAAGGUCUCAGGGCUGAUCUCCAACCUCGAACAAUUAUCGAUUAAUUGAAGUUUUAUUCAGUGACUAAAAUGAUUAAAAUAUCUCUUGCGCUGAGAGUGAUAAUAACGCUCACCGUUGCUUUCUUAUCGUUCCUUCCAUUGACAUGUUCCUUAACAGUGAAGUCGAGCCGCCCAACCCUUAUGCGAGAAGGGAGAGAGCGAGAAGGACACGGAUAAGCAGCAGCAAUUUCCACCCCGCGUAGGGCCGCGGCAACUGGGACCACCACCACCACCACCAUAACGAGGAACCGCCCUACACGUUAUACCCACCAUAGGCACAGCUUCAGGAAACGGUCUAGUUGAAGGCGGAAAGCUAACGCCACUGUCUUAUAUUGCGUAUUUUAAAGCCAAAUUCUUUUAUUUUCUUGUCCUGUACAAAAAGGGAAUAUAAAAUUCUUUUUGUUUUUUCAAAAGGAGAUGUGGGCCAUAAGACCCACGCCUAUCCGUUUUUUGUUCAUUUUAUUCUUGGCUUUUACUUUUCUUUAUUUCAUUCAAUGAAUUUUUUUUAAAAAAUAACUUGUAAUAUUUCCUUAUUUAAGGCUUUCCCAAAUUUGUCAGUAUAAUUACUCUUCCCAUUUUUGUCAUUUAGGUUGGAUUAUUUUUCCCCCUCUCAUACUUUUUAAAAGUUAAAGAGACCGAGUAUACAUUUAGAUUCUGACAACAUAUUAUUCCUAUGAAUGAGGUUUGUUGCAAUUUUCGCAUCUUCGCCUUCACUUGCCAAGGUUCGUUUGGCAGAGUUUAUCGCGGUCGCACGCGCGCUACAUGUCGAUAUUACCAUCCUGGACAGUUUUGAUUGUCUUCAAGAUGAUGAAAGCAAUGUAUUUUGUGUCUUUGAUAGUAAUGGAGAUGGAAAAGAUGAAAUUGAAAAAAAGAUGAAAAAAAUAGCAAGUCGAUGUAUUCUUCUACGGGGAAUAUAUGUGCUUCUGCAGGGUGCCUCAACUCUGGAGGCUCUCACCCAAUGGCGCCUCGAUCGGGCAUGUGGGGCUCCUAACUCAGAAGUAGCAUCAACCGUUCUUCUUGGCGAAGAUGAGGAUCAGUUCUCUCAUGACAGUUUCUGUUAUGAAGUGGAGACUAUCGGCAAAAAGUACAGCAUGGAUGAAAAAAAGAAGAUCGUGGAUUUUUUCAUUAGUCAACGGUCCACGACAAAUGGAUCACCAAGUAUUAUGAAUUGGAAAUCACCAACUCAUCGUUUUUUAAUUUUCAUUCAGCAUUCUGUUUCUGACGCGCCACCUAGAUCACAGGGUCAGUGGAGGCCAGAUGGCCCUGUGCAACGUGCUUUUCAUGUAGUACAGUUGUUCGAAUCCAACCGAAGUCAGAUGUUAGGAAAGUAUGACCUGAAGAAGCGGCCGUACAUCGGUACGACUUCCAUGCCACCCGAAGAGGCCAUUGCCAUGGCAAACGUAUGCAGCAUUCAGCCAGCUGACUACGUGUGUGAUCCUUUCUGCGGAACUGGCAGCUUGCUAGUUUCGGCGGCUCAUUGUGGGGCUCACACAAUCGGCAUGGAUGCCGACGGCCGUGCGAUGCGAAGCGGCAGUCGAAAGGUGUCUUCUAGCCUACAAAUGCAGCAACAACGCAAAUUAGCUCUUAGCGCUUACUCGGAGGAAGAGUUAUCCGCUCUGACAGCCGAGGAGCGCCUCCUACCGUCCAUGAAAUCGAACUUCACAUUAUAUGGAUUACGUCCACCCGAGUGCGUACGCAUGAAUUUCUCAAGCUGGAAGUGUUGCUUUCGGGGGAUUGAAAUUUUUGACGUGAUUUUGACAGACCCUCCAUACGGUCUUCGCGAGCCACGGAAGAGACUCGAGAAGGUGGACCACCCAUCAUCGUCAGACGAUCCGAAUGAUUCAAAAGAUGGAUCGUCUAAAUUUUUAGUAUCAUCUUAUAGCACUCAUGAAGUAGGGCUCGACUUGGUGUUGUUUGCCGCCGAGCAUUUGCGCGUGGGAGGUCGUCUGGCGUUCUGGUUCCCAACCACAGAUCACUACACCCGCGAUGAACUCGCGAGGCAUCCGUGCUUGGAGCUAGAGUAUGACCUUCCACAACGUCUUUCACUAAAAGUGGUGCGCAGGUUGAUUGUGAUGCGUAAAGUAGCCCCGCUGCCGAAGGAACGUCCCACGCGUGAGGAGUGCAUGCCGCUCAAAAUCGCCGAUGACUUGCGGCAGCUGAUGGAUAUAACAUCUCUUCCUGAUAACAAGGACUACAUGCACUACCGCGCCAAGGUGCUACGCAAGCGUCAGGCUUCCAGUCGUUUUCAUUCUAAAAAGGAGUCAGGGUUAGAAAUUCAGGAACUCCCUCAAGCAACAACGGAGGAAAAUUCUAAAGAGGUUGACGGUGCCCAACGGCAGCAGAUGCGACGCAGCGAUGAGGACUACAAGGAUCACAACCGUAGAAGGGACAAGCCAAUUUCGCAAGAAACGAUCGUUGCCAAUCGUGAGAAAAACAUUCGAAUUCGAAAAGAGAAACAGGAAGCUUCUCACCGAGUGAAUGCAAAUGCUUCUGCACAUGUGUCACAGACCCGUGAUCGAAUGUAUAUGCCCGACCAUCAAUAA